UACACCGUACCGUUAUCAAUAUUUACCGUCACACAAUUAUAAUUAUUAUAAUUCCACUUUUCGAACCCAUUUUAUUCAAAUUUAUCAAAUGUCUUUUAAAAUUGAAUAUCAAGAAUUGGUACUUGUAGAGGCAAAUCCGGAACAAGCUCGAAUUACCAAUCGCAAUUCAUAUAUGAGUUGGGGUUAUCCGGUGUUAACAAUAGAAGAAUAUAUAGAACGUGAAGAAAUACUUGCUAACAAUGAAUUUACUUCAGAAAACUUUAAAGUUUGGGUUCUAAUUUCAAGAACUAAUUACAAUUCUAUCAAUUCAAACAACACUGAACCGAUUAUCUAUUCACAAUGCGAAACGUUUAAGCGUAAGGCUUUAAUAACUUUAUCUUCUGGACAAGUCAAAGAAGCGACUUGUUAUUGCAUCACUGCUUUGUUCACUCCUCCUCAAUACCGACACAAAGGUUAUGCUACAAUGAUGAUGAGAUUAUUGAAUGACAAAUUGAGGUUCGAAUAUAAGGCCGAAUUCUCAUACUUGUAUUCAGAAAUCGGACCAGACUUUUAUACUAGGUUAGGAUGGAAAAUUUUUGCGCAUAAAGAGAUUAGAUUUGACGUUGAUGAUAAAUUUUUGACAGUCUCAAAAAAUUCUGAAAUAAUCAUUGCGAUUAAUCAAUCUAAUUUAGAAAGCGUAAUUAAUAAAGAUUGCGAAUUGAUUAAAAAAGAAAUCACGAAAUUGAAUAAGAAAAGUGUAGUGAUAUUACCUACUAAACCUGCCUUUGACUGGUUAUUCCAAAAAACUAAGUUUUAUUCGGAAUUUCAUUCAAGUACUGAGGAUCCAAGGCUUUUUGGUGCUAUUAUUUUGAAAGGAAAUAAUUACAAUGAAGAGCCGCUUGAAAGAUUCAUCAUGUGGAACCACGACUUUAAAGAGAAUGAAUUAUUAAUUGUCAGAUUUCGUAGUGAUUCACAAUAUAUGACAAAAUUAUUAAUCCAUCAAGCCAUGCAAGAAGCUAAUAAAUUUCAAUUUAAACGAAUUAUUUUAUGGAACCCUGAUUUAAGUUUAUUCAAUAUCUCGAAAGAUUUAAAUAUUUUUGAUGGUGAAGUUGUUGAAAGAACAGAAUCAUUGCCAUCUUUAGCAUGGUAUGCGGAUGAUGAUGAUAAUGUGAAUUGGAUACUGAAUGAAAAGUAUACCUGGGUUUGA